UGAGUUUGUUGCUGCGUUCAAUGGGAGUGCGGCUGCACAACGCCUCGUGUUCGCGACGAGCCUGCCGCACUGGGCAGACGAGAGCACGACGUCUGCGACGGUGCAGAAGUUCCAUGCUGCUGUGGAGGACAUGAUGAAGAGGACCCCAAUAGCGCUGAGGAGCUUUGCCAACACACUGCUGUUGAAAACUGUUCUCUCGCGUAUGGACAAAGUAAGCGGGGAGUUGGUUAUUGACUUCUUCUACAAGAACGUUGCCAUCAGUGUGGAUGACAUGCUGUAUGGCCCAUUCAAAGACGGUGCUGGAUGCGCUUCGCAGGCCGCCCCAGACG